GUAGAGAAGGGGGAAAAAAAAGAAAAAGAAAAGAAGAGCUCGCGAAAAGGUGUGGUUGGCCGACACACGCGGGAGGGAGAUUUACUGGGAAGCGAGAUUGGAGAAAAAAAAAAAAGAAAAAAAAAAAAGAGAGCGAUAAAGAAGUAGUGGCGAGAGUUGGACAAGAGGGUUCCGAGGCAAGGUAUGAAUUCUUAUUUCGCAAACCCGUCGCUGUCCUGCCAUUUGUCCGGCGGCCAAGAGGUUCUGCCCAACGUGCCCAUCAACUCCAGCACCUAUGACACAGUCCGACAUUUCUCGUCGUACGGCGCCGCCGUGAGCCAGAACCAUCGGAUAUACGCUCCUUUCUACUCCCCGCAAGACAACGUGGUGUUCGGUUCCGCUCGGGCUCAGUACGACUACGGCUCCAACGUCUUCCUGCAGGACAAGGACGUGCUGCCCAGCUGCAGGCAAACCAGCGGCGCACAGAACCACAUCGGCCAAGACUACACUUUGGAGCCGGCCCGGACGGCUCAGGAGCACAAGAGCAACAUCCCGAUCUACCCGUGGAUGCAGCGCAUGAACUCACACAGCGGAGUGGGCUACGGGACAGACAGGCGCAGGGGUCGGCAGAUCUACUCCCGCUACCAAACCCUCGAGCUGGAGAAGGAGUUCCACUUCAACCGCUACCUGACCCGGCGCAGACGCAUCGAGAUCGCCAACGCGCUCUGCCUGACCGAGCGCCAGAUCAAGAUCUGGUUCCAGAACCGGCGCAUGAAGUGGAAGAAGGAGAGCAACCUGACGUCGGCGGCGGCCACGCAAGACGAGGACGGCGCGCCCAAAGAAGACAAGGAGGACGGGGACAGCAAAAAGAAGGAAUAAUUCCGGGCAUGUGGAAAAAUGCAACACCCCCAACGUUACUACCUAAAGAUGGAGCUGAAAGGGACGACACUGCAUGACGGCUCGCCCUCCUCCCGUUUAUCAUAUCACGGAGGUGUUGAGCGCUAAACAAAACAAAACAAAAUCCGAUCAUUUCAGCCACAUUCUGAGCCCUGUGACUCUUGAUCACUUUUACUUUGAUAUUGUAUUUUUCCCCCCGACUUGUCACGGUCACACUUGUGCUGUGCAACCAAUAAUAAUAAUAAUAAUAAUAAUAAUCAUCAUCAUCAUCAUCAUAAUAAAGACGAAGUAUUCAUUCCUACGUUAUUUCCAGUGCCAGUAUAUUUAUCCCACACGCAGACAAAUGCAUCACUGUGAAGUUUCCGCUCACCUCACCAAAUUCAGUGUUAACAUUCCACGGAAGGAAGCAAUUGGAGCCUUCAUUUGGGCGGCGCAGCGUCAUUUACUACUUGAACAUAUAGAGAAAUAUAUAGAAAUAUAUACAUAUAGGUCUUGCAAAAACGUGAGUUGCACGAAUAGACUGCGCUUGUUUAUUGGAUGACCACAUUAACACGACAUAUUCAGCAAAUCCCCUCAAGGAUGCAUUUACUUGCUUUAAUAGACAGCACAUCACACCAAAUUGCGCUUAGACUCCUUUAUCUUUUUAGUUGUUGAUUUUUUUUAUUUUUUGGGGAACUCAUUGACACAAUUCCGUGUGAAGUACAUGUGUACAUGUCGUCCUUUUUUUCAUUUGAAAGUUCAUGUUUUGUCAUAAUUGUGUAUCAUGAAAUAAAACAUUUAUAAAAC